AGCUAAUACUUGAUAAAUGUGACCUGCAGUGGUUGACAAGCCUGAUUACAUGGAAGUUGAACUCAAUUGUAACUUGGCUUAAUGUGGCACAGCUUCCUAUAUGCAGUGAGUCAAAUAAGUAUCUUCUGAAGCUUAGCAAUUACAGGUAAUAAAACUGAUGCAUUUAAUUUGCAACACAGGUGUUAUACCUGUCUUCCAAUUCUUGUGUUACUCAGUAGAUAUUUAUUGAAUGUCUACAUAGCUAUGCAAGUCAAUGGGCCAAGUGAUGUGGAGUAUACACAGAAGCAUGGCCCCAUUUUUAUUGUAUAGUUGAGAAAAGACAUAGUUAUUUGUAAGUUAACUAAUGAUAACUUAAGUAAUCAAAAAGAGGAAAAUGUGAAGCUACUGUUUUAAAAAAGACAUGUGUUCUGAGUUCAGAGGAUGGUUAGGGAAGAAGGAAAAAGAGGUCAUAGGCAGAUCCAAUUUGAAAAGUGCCUGGAAGGAAGGAAUGAAAUAAGGAAUUUAGAUAAAUGUAGAGGAAAAGAAAAGGAAAGGUGAAUCAGCUUGAGCAGAUGUGGAAGCUAUUCUUGCAAGACUCUGAGUGCACUUGAGUCUAGUUGUGGAGGAAGAAGGGUAAGCUCUUGUCAUAGGCUUAGAGUUUGGAAUUUUAUUCUGUAGGUAUUAAGGAACUAUUAAAAAUGAGUCCGUUUGUCAGAGAAAGAUAAUAGAAAACUAAUAGAAGUCAAUCCUCUAUUUUUUUCUUCACAAAACCACAAGAUGACAAAAUAAAACAAAGAAAUAGAAGAGAAAUAUGUGGCUUGAGGACAGAAAUAAUCUUAUAACAUUGUUUCCAAAUUAUGAUUUUGUGAUAUUUUCUGUCAUAAUAUAGUAAAUUAAUACAAACUUGAUUUCACUAUAAUAUGAAAAGUACCUCAUAUGACACUUUUAGGAAGAAAAGAAUGCCAGAGAAUUAAACAGGAUCCUGGAACUUGAAAACAGUUGGGAAUAAACAUUUUCCAAGGUAAAAAAAUGGGGUAAUUUCCUGAGUGAUGUAGGUUGCUAAAAAACGAAGAAGAAGUAAAAAGAGGGUAAGAGUUCUACAUUAACCUGGCCUGAUAUAGGUCACAUUCUAGAGUUCUUAUUCAGUUGGCCAGUGUCAUAAUGGGGUCAUUGCUGUUUAUAUGGUACAUAUCUUUUUAUGGUCCUUGAAACUAUCAUUACUUGGCUGGGGAUAACCUUAGUAAGAGGGAAUACCUUUGAGAAUUAUCAAGAUGUCAGAACUAUCAAGUCUGAACUAUUAAAAUAUUAGUUUAUCAGCACUCAGAAGAGGACAGCAUACUAGAGAUUAUAAUUCAAGUCUUUGUGAUCUAAGGCAAAAUCAGAACAAAAACCAAAUAAAGAGACGCUUGAUUGGAUUGACUGAAUACAGUUAUUAAAAAUAAAUAUGGAAAAUGAACCAGACCAUGAAAAUGUGGAACAGAGCCUCUGUACCAAGACUACGGAAGAAGAACUGAAUAAGUCUUUCAAUCUAGAAGCUUCACUUUCAAAAUUCUCUUACAUAGAUCUAGACAAGGAACUGGAGUUCAAAAAUGAUCUGAUUGAUGACAAGGAGUUUGAUAUUCCUCAAGUUGAUACUCCUCCAACACUGGAAAGCAUACUAAAUGAGACUGAUGAUGAAGAUGAGUCUUUUGUUCUUGAGGAUCCUACAUUGUUAAACAUUGAUACUAUUGAUUCUCACUCAUAUGAUACUUCAUCUGUGGCAAGCUCAGACAGUGGUGACAGGACCAACUUAAAAAGGAAGAAGAAAUUACCUGAUUCUUUUUCACUCCAUGGAUCAGUUAUGCGACAUUCACUUUUGAAGGGAAUUUCUGCCCAGAUAGUAUCUGCAGCUGACAAAGUAGAUGCUGGCUUGCCCACAGCAAUUGCAGUGUCCAGUCUGAUAGCAGUGGGUACAUCUCAUGGACUGGCUUUAAUAUUUGGAAAAGAUCAGAACCAAGCUCUGCGACUGUGUCUGGGCGGCACUAGUGUUGGAGGUCAGUAUGGAGCCAUCUCGGCCCUCAGCAUCAACAAUGACUGCUCGAGACUUCUUUGUGGCUUCGCUAAAGGUCAGAUCACCAUGUGGGAUUUGGCCAGUGGAAAACUUCUAAGAUCAAUAACAGAUGCUCAUCCUCCAGGAACAGCAAUAUUGCAUAUCAAGUUUACAGAUGACCCAACUCUUGCAAUUUGCAACGACAGCGGAGGCUCUGUUUUUGAAUUGACAUUUAAGAGAGUGAUGGGAGUGAGAACAUGUGAAUCUAGAUGUCUCUUCAGUGGUUCCAAGGGUGAAGUUUGCUGUAUUGAGCCUCUACAUUCUAAGCCUGAAUUGAAAGAUCAUCCCAUCACACAGUUUUCAUUAUUGGCCAUGGCAUCCUUAACAAAGAUACUGGUCAUUGGAUUGAAACCAUCCUUGAAAGUAUGGAUGACUUUUCCCUAUGGUCGGAUGGAUCCUUCCAGUGUUCCAUUGCUGGCCUGGCACUUCGUGGCAGUGCAUAAUUAUGUCAAUCCCAUGCUAGCCUUCUGCAGAGGAGAUGUUGUUCAUUUUCUGUUGGUUAAGAGAGAUGAAUCUGGAGCAAUACAUGUUACAAAGCAAAAGCAUCUUCACCUAUACUAUGACCUCAUCAACUUUACUUGGAUAAACUCACGCACAAUUGUGCUCCUAGACAGCGUAGAGAAGUUGCAUGUGAUUGAUCGGCAAACUCAAGAGGAAUUGGAAACGGUGGAAAUCUCAGAAGUUCAGUUGGUCUAUAACAGCAGCCAUUUCAAAUCACUAGCCAGGGGAAAUGUUAGCCAGGCACUGGCUUUGGUUGGAGAAAAGGCUUGUUAUCAGUCCAUAAGUAGCUAUGGUGGUCAGAUCUUUUAUUUGGGAACAAAAUCUGUUUAUGUGAUGAUGCUGAGGAGCUGGAGAGAGAGAGUGGAUCAUCUCCUGAAACAGGAUUGUCUUACAGAAGCCUUGGCUCUUGCAUGGUCUUUCCAUGAAGGAAAAGCAAAAGCAGUAGUGGGAUUAUCUGGAGAUGCCAGCAAGCGAAAAGCUGUUGUUGCAGACCGGAUGGUAGAAAUCCUAUUCCAUUAUGCAGAUAGAGCUCUGAAAAAGUGUCCAGACCAAGGAAAAAUCCAGGUGAUGGAGCAGCAUUUUCAGGACAUGGUGCCUGUCAUAGUUGAUUACUGCCUUCUGCUACAACGAAAGGAUCUCUUAUUUAGUCAGAUAUAUGACAAAUUAAGUGAGAAUUCAGUGGCCAAAGGAGUGUUUUUGGAGUGCCUCGAACCAUAUAUUUUAAGUGAUAAAUUGGUGGGUAUCACACCCCAGGUAAUGAAAGACUUGAUUGUUCAUUUCCAAGAUAAGAAGUUAAUGGAAAAUGUGGAAGCCCUUAUUGUGCAUAUGGAUAUCACCAGCCUGGAUAUUCAGCAGGUAGUUCUUAUGUGUUGGGAAAAUCGUUUAUAUGAUGCUAUGAUCUACGUCUACAACAGAGGCAUGAACGAAUUUAUUAGUCCAAUGGAGAAACUUUUCAGAGUCAUUGCUCCUCCUCUGAAUGCAGGAAAAACACUAACAGAUGAACAAGUUGUUAUGGGAAACAAGCUUCUUGUAUAUAUUAGCUGUUGUCUAGCAGGUCGUGCCUAUCCCCUUGGUGACAUCCCUGAAGAUCUUGUUCCUUUGGUUAAAAAUCAGGUUUUUGAAUUUCUAAUUCGCCUGCAUUCAGCAGAAGCUUCCCCUGAGGAAGAAAUCUAUCCUUAUGUGCGGACUUUACUACAUUUUGACACAAGAGAAUUUCUGAAUGUAUUGGCACUGACUUUUGAAGAUUUUAAAAAUGACAAGCAAGCUGUGGAAUAUCAACAGCGAAUUGUAGAUAUUUUGUUGAAAGUUAUGGUGGAGAAUUCAGAUUUUACUCCCUCACAAGUAGGGUGUCUCUUUACAUUCCUCGCUCGGCAGCUUGCAAAGCCUGACAAUACCUUGUUCGUAAAUAGAACGCUUUUUGAUCAGGUCCUUGAAUUUCUCUGUAGUCCUGACGAUGACUCCCGACACUCUGAACGACAGCAGGUCCUUUUAGAAUUGCUGCAGGCUGGAGGCAUAGUUCAAUUUGAAGAGAGUCGGCUCAUCCGUAUGGCAGAAAAAGCUGAGUUCUAUCAAAUCUGUGAAUUCAUGUAUGAACGAGAACACCAAUAUGACAAAAUUAUUGAUUGCUACUUACGUGACCCAUUGAGAGAGGAGGAAGUCUUUAAUUACAUUCACAAUAUCUUAUCCAUUCCUGGACACAGUGCAGAGGAAAAGCAGUCUGUAUGGCAGAAAGCAAUGGAUCAUAUUGAGGAACUCGUGUCUCUGAAGCCCUGUAAAGCUGCAGAGCUGGUUGCUACCCACUUUUCUGGGCAGAUUGAAACAGUCAUUAAAAAACUUCAGAACCAGGUUUUGCUUUUCAAAUUUUUGAGGAGUCUUCUUGAUCCAAGGGAAGGUAUUCAUGUAAAUCAAGAAUCGCUGCAGAUAUCUCCCUGUAUCACAGAGCAGUUCAUUGAGCUGUCGUGUCAGUUCAACCCAAACCAAGUUAUAGAGACGCUGCAAGUUCUUGAGUGCUAUCGCCUAGAAGAAACUAUUCAGAUUACUCAGAAGUAUCAACUUCAUGAAGCCACUGCUUAUCUAUUAGAAAAGAAAGGAGAUAUUCAUGGUGCCUUUUUAAUAAUGUUAGAGCGACUACAAAGCAAACUUCAAGAAAUAACACAUCAAGGCGAAAAUACCAAAGAGGAUCCCUCACUGAAGGAUGUUGAAGAUACUAUGGUAGAGACAAUUGCUCUUUGCCAGAGAAAUUCACAUAAUCUGAACCAGCAGCAACGAGAGGCUCUCUGGUUUCCAUUAUUGGAGGCAAUGAUGGCCCCUCAGAAGCUGUCCAGUUCUGCUGUCCCUCAUCUACACUCAGAAGCCCUGAAAUCUUUGACCAUGCAAGUUCUAAACAGCAUGGCAGCAUUUAUUGCCCUUCCAUCAAUCUUGCAAAGAAUCUUACAGGAUCCAGUUUAUGGAAAAGGAAAACUUGGAGAAAUCCAGGGACUUAUUCUGGGCAUGUUAGAUACCUUUAACUAUGAACAAACUCUGCUGGAAACAACAACUAGCCUUCUAAACCAAGAUCUCCAUUGGUCUUUGUGUAACCUUAGAGCUUCAGUCACUAGAGGACUGAAUCCCAAACAGGAUUACUGCUCUAUAUGUUUGCAGCAGUACAAGAGACGCCAGGAAAUGGCUGAUGAAAUUAUUGUGUUUAGCUGUGGCCAUUUGUAUCACUCAUUCUGUCUACAAAACAAAGAAUGUACCACAGAAAUUGAGGGCCAAACAAGAUGGACAUGCUACAAGUGCAGCUCAAGUAACAAAGUAGGAAAACUAAGUGAGAAUUCAUCUGAAAUUAAAAAGGGAAGGAUAACCCCAUCACAGGUAAAAAUGUCUCCUUCAUAUCAUCAGUCCAAAGGGGAUCCUACAGCUAAGAAGGCAGCCUCAGAACCUGUUCUGGAUCCACAGCAAAUCCAAGCAUUUGAUCAGCUUUGCCGUCUCUACCGAGGAAGUUCCAGGUUAGCUCUCCUUACAGAACUCUCCCAGAGUCGCGGCAGUGAGAGCUACAGGCUGUUCGGCGGCUCCCAGAGCAGCCCUGCCUUCAGCAGCAUCUUCCAGAAUGAGAACUUCCAGCUGCAGCUCAUGCCCCCGCCUGUGACUGAGGACUGAAGCCUCCCUAGGCCUAGAGACCCCGAGACGACGAUCCCAAGGCGACUGGCGAUCAGCCCGCCUCUCCCACCAGCUCGGGCCCCACUGCCUCCCGCGCUUCUGUGCCCAGGGCUUCCACGCCCACCUUGCGCAGUGUAGACUCCCUAUCUCUUGGACAGUGCUGGCACCAUGUCAUUUCACCAGACUGGUGGAUUUAAUUUUGCUUGCUAAGCAAAGGAAUGGCACAUACCUCCGUCCAGCUUUUUAGGAAGCACAUUUUGCCUGUUGGAACUUUUUCCUGUUUCCCCUGAAGCCUAGAAAGUGGGUGGAGCUUGUGCGGAUGGCAUUCCAGGGUCUGUCACAGUCCAUCUCCCCCAGCUGAUGGAGAACGUGAGGAACGUCAGCUUCUGCAGGGCACGGCGGUGGGCCAGGCCGCAGUGUAACUGAAGCAUGCGUUGGCGGGAGCAAAGAACCCGUGGGCUGGGGGCAUCUCCCUUCUGAUGUGUUUAUAUGUUAAAACCCAUUUGUGAUGUAAGACUUGCCCUUCCUAACAAUAAAUGCCUCUGUGUUUCAGUUC